AGUAAAAAUAAUAAACAAAUACAAUGGAGGAAAAUUCAACCGAGCAAAACGUCAAAAUCGAAAUUGCUAAAAAUCUAAUUAAACCCAGGUAUUAUAAACAAUUAUACCGAACCGCUUGGGAGGACAUACCGGAAUUUAAAGGCUGGUUAAAAGGGAUUCCUGGACAAGGCAGUAGGGCUUACUGUACGUUUUGUCAAAAGAGUUUACAUGCUCAUCGAUUGUCUUUGUUGAAACACACUUGUACGAUUAGACACCAGAAGGCUGCUCAAUUGAACUUUAUGUCGCAGAAACAUAUGGGCCCCUCCUCAACGAUUUCGAAUCAAGAGUCUCCUUUAUUACAAGAAGUCACCCUACAAAUUCCGAAUAACUUAGAUUCUAUUUAUGCCGAUGAAGAUGAUAAUUUGGAGCCUGAGUUUAUUGAAAAUGAGGAAGAAGAGGAUUGCCAGGAUGUGCCACAUUACGUCCUGAAGCAGGCUGCCGACGCCGCCGCCGCUGCUGCUUCAGCCCAAAAACCCCCAAUAAGCACCCAUGUGCUCGAUACAGCCAAAGGAAAAGCUGUAGGCGGCUUACAGGUGUCCCUCUACAAAUUAGUCGAUGGAAGAUGGACAUUCAUCAACGAAGGAAUGACAAACCCGGAUGGCCGUUGUGCUGAUUUAAUGGAAAGAAGUAACUUUACAGCAGGUCGAUAUAAGUUGCAUUUUGAUGUCGAUAAGUUUUUUGAACUUCGCAAACAAGAGACCUUAUACCCAUUUAUUGAGAUUGUUUUCGAUUGUCGUGCACCCCAAGAGCACUACCACAUCCCACUUCUGCUCAGUCCAUUCGGCUACACAACAUACCGCGGAACAUAAAUUUUUA